AGUAGAUUUUUAAGUAUUUACUGCCUUGUGAAGCCAUCACUUUGUUUUUCGUAUUGCGGAACUUUUGAUGGAAAGCGCUUUAUGACGACUAGGCGAAUUAAAAAAAUGUUAAAAGAUUUAGAACAGUCAGGUUUAACCAGUGAUGCUCAGAAAGAAGCGACUACUCUUAAAAGUACUCAUAUUGUAAAAAGGAGUCCAAAAAAGAAGAAAUUAAGGCCUAAAAUAGAAAUAAUAGCAGAAAAAAUUGGGAUGGACAUAGACGAGGUCAUUCCCUUAGUUAGGGACAAAUGGAAUACUCUUAUGUUGAAGAAAUGGUACAUACAACGCCAUCUAAGCUCUGAAAUUAAUUCUGAAAAAGCCGUAACUCUUUCCGAAUUAAAAGAAUUUGAUCACACUAACCUUUGGCUCUACCUUAAAUUCGGUAGAGAUUGGAAGCAGUAUCUCCCGAGCGAUGAGCUUGAAAGAGAGAGUUUGAAGAAAAGAAUAAUAACGCUGUCCACAAAACUUAAUCGGAAAGCUGUAGAAGAGGAAGUCUCUAAUUCCGUAGUUUUUGAAGAGCAGCAAUUUUUAAACACCGCUGAAGAUCCGCAGAGCAAUAACACUUUGAAAGCCACCAUCGACAGCGAACUUGAGGAAACUGUGGGUUUGGUGAGGGAAAUAUCCGCAGAGAACAAAGAUAAAAUCUUUGAAGAAAUUCGAAAUGCCAAACUCUUUACUGAGCUACCUGACCGGUUGAAACCCACUAAUUACGAAGAAGAGCUUCUUGAAAAUCAUUUGAGAGCGCAGGAAAGGAAAAUAUUUUAUGCUGAGCACUUCAAAGAUGAGGCGGAGCUUUUUAAAGGAAACCCCGAAAACGAAGACGUGUUCAAGCUGCAGCCCAGCAACCGCCCCUUCCGUCUGCUCGACUGCCACACCAUUCACGAAGUGGACGAAUCUCAUCCUUUCUACUUGACUUACUUGAUCCCGGGGGAGCAGACUUUUUUACACUUAAACAGACCUGCAAUAGCCCACGAGGUUUCCCAGUUAAAAAGCCAGUGCCGUCCGUUUGAAGCGCCCACAGAGCAGCCGCAGGUGACGGUCACGUACACAACCCAUCUUUUACCAGAACAGAAGCGACUUGAGAGCGACAGGCAAGUCCGGCUCGAGCUCGAUCUUAAUCGACUCCCACUGAGUGAAGUUGAACAACGCUGCUUUCGGGUGCUGGCUAACGACUACCUUAAGGACGGAGAGACCUCUCUCUACGACUUUUUAGCGGAGCGAUAUGCCGCGAGGAGUAUGAACUUCCAGCACCUUCUUGAACUUAUCUAUAAGCUAGUGGCGGCGUGCAAGUCCACUAGGGUUCAAAGCUUGUGCGAGGCCGCCGAAAUAGAAUUUUUUGUGGCGAAGGAAGGAAACCGUAUGGGGGCGGUCUCCAAUAAGGAGGUGCGACAAAAGAGGUUAUUCGAGAGAAAAAAGAAGCAGGCCCUCGAAGACGAAAAAGUCGUGACUUAUAAGUAAUAAAUCAUUUUAUCAAGUUGAAUAUAUACGAGCGGCCUUCGCUCAGUUUGUUCAGCUGCUCUUCCUCAACUGCCUUUAUCAAGCCGAUUAGAGUAGCCUCGUGCAAGGAAUUAGAAGAGAUACUUACUAGCGGGACUUUCAA